AUUCUUUUAAAAAAAGAGUGAAACUGUCGAAGUGUAGAGUAGUAAUCAACUAAUCAAGAUUAUAAUUGAAUUGUGAGGUCGUACAGUAAAUGAAUCGUUAAGUUGAGGUUGAUAAAUAUAAAUUGUUUCGUGGAAAAAAUACGUUACGUUGAAGUUCAUUAAACUUUACCAUAUUGCACGUCACUAUCAUUCGUUAUCGUUACCAAAGGAAGUGUUAUUUGAACGAAUUCAAACGAAUUGAAUGACGUUUUUACUGGUAAAUGACGUAAACUGUAGAUGACGUUUUCCAUUUCCAUUUACUUACUCAAAUAAUUGUAAGUGCUAAAAUGGAUAUUGCACUUCAUAACUCUUUGACACCAAUUUCGUUAAGACCUUAGUUAAUUCAUCUUAUACGAAGAUAUUCUGUAAAUCAUUGAUUUCUACAUUGAAUUAGAUAAAUUGAGUCUUGUCAGUGUUAGAAAGUUAAAAUGCAGUGAAAAAUAACGUUUGUGUACCAUAUAGUUGCAGAAAAAAAAAUAAGGAAGAUGACACCACCACCUGCUGAAGAGACUGUGAAAAAGAGGUCUCAAGACGAUUAUGUGUUUGGAAAAGUUAUCGGAGAAGGCAGUUUCAGCACUGUUUACUUAGCUAAGGAUAUUCACACAAAUAAGGAAUUUGCAAUUAAAGUACUAGAAAAACGUCAUAUUAUUAAAGAAAAUAAAAUGGAGUAUGUUAUGAGAGAGAAGAAAGUCCUACAAAUAUUGGGAAAUAGCACCUACUUUGUUAGAUUGUACUGCACAUUUCAGGACGGUGAACGAUUAUACUUUGUGUUAACAUAUGCCAAAAAUGGUGACUUUCUUACUUUUCUCAAUAAAACUAGUUCAUUAAUGUUAGACUGUGUAAGGCACUAUGCAGCUGAGAUAGUUUUAGCCUUAGAGACACUUAACACAAAAGGUAUAGUGCAUAGAGAUCUUAAGCCAGAAAAUAUUUUGCUGGAUGAGAAUUGGCACAUUUUAAUAACAGAUUUUGGUAGUGCAAAAAUUCUUAUUCCUGUAGAAGGAGAAAAGAAUGAAAGUGAUGAAGAAGGCUCUCAAAAAAGAAGAAACAGCUUUGUCGGAACAGCACAAUAUGUAAGCCCUGAAAUUCUCACUGACGGUAAAGUAAGUUUUGCAUCUGAUCUCUGGGCUUUUGGUUGCAUUCUUUAUCAAAUGGUAGUGGGUCUGCCACCUUUUAGAGCUGGCAGUGAGUAUUUAAUAUUCCAGAAAAUUCUCAAAUUAGAAUAUGAAUUCCCUACAGACAUUGAUACCACAAUACAGGAUUUAAUAAAAAAUCUUUUGAUUUUAACACCAGAGAAAAGACUAGGUGCUAAUGAGUCAAAAAUAUAUACAAGUAUACGACAACAUCCCUUUUUUCGUGAUACAAAUUGGAAUAAUUUGGGUCCUGCCCCAAAGAUUUUACCUUCUGAAGCAAGUGCACUUGGACAAAGUCAGGCAGCAAUUCCUGAAAAUUUGCAACCUGGAUUAGAUGAGAAGAAAGAGUCCAUGUUACAUGCAGAGAUAUUUGGCUCACCAAUGGCGACUCCUACCAGGAAAAAGUCACAGACAAAAAAUAUUGCAGAUUUGUCUGAAGAAGAAAUCAGGAGGAGACUGGAAACUCAGAAAACAGACAGAUGGCAUAACUUAGUUGAAGGAAACCUUAUUUUGAAACAGGGUUUGGUUGAUAAGCGAAAAGGUCUGUUCCCAAGGAGGAGGAUGUUUCUGCUUACAUUAGGACCACAUUUGUACUAUGUAGAUCCCACUACAAUGAUCCUGAAAGGAGAGAUACCCUGGAGUCCUGAUAUUAAGACAGAAGCCAAAAAUUUCAAAACAUUCUUAGUACAUACGCCUAAUCGUACAUACUACCUUGAAGAUCCAGAUGGUUAUGCUUUGGAAUGGUGCAAAGCAAUAGAGGAAUUAAAAGUUCAUUAUUUUCCAGAGUCAAAGACUUAGCAAAAACGUUAUAGAAUGAACAUUUAGUCAAUAUUUCUAUUUAUUUUCGUAAUUAUUUAUACUGUCGCCAAUUUAAUUAAUUGAUUGGCUAGAAAAAUAUCAAUGCAAGACUUAAUUAAUAAUGCAGUUAACUAAUUUACAGUAAAACAGCAUUUCAGAAGGCAGGUUCUUGUAGCUGUUUAUAGAGUUGUAUUUAUUCGUUUAGUUAAAAGUAUAUGAUAGCAAUUAUUUAAGUAAAUUCGAGGUUUAUAGACAACUAGCUUCUUCAUUAAAUGUUUGUUGAUUUCAUAGUUUCAAAAGUUAGGGAAAUAUUGGGUUAAAAAAAGAGAAAUUAAAAGAAACGAUUGGUAUUUACUAUUUAGUUUUUCAGAAUAGGAUUGUAUUUUCUUAUAUAUUUUACUGGUGUCGUGGUUGUUAGAUAUGUUAAUAUGUACAGUCUUUAUUAGGAAACUCUUAAAUCUGUGAGUAAAAUAGGGGGGCGAAAAAUGACGUCUAAUUUGGACAAAAACAGUUGAUAAAUUAGGCGUCAUCUUUACCCUCAAUUACUGGCUGCACUUUACAAUUUGGGGCACGACUCGCUAGGGGGAUGCAUUCAUAGAAAGCUCAUGGGUACAGGAUCACAAAAAUCGUACUUACGGUUGAAUUUCCCAACUCAAGGUAGCCUAGACAUGUUUGUGGAGCUAAGCCUAUUAUAGUACUUUACUCAUGCGCUCUCUAAUGAGGGGUCGCUGCCCCAAAUGCUAAAGUCCUGCCCAAUUAUACAUGUUAACCAAAAGAUCAAGUAGAAGUAAAUAAACAAAGUGGCCUUUCUACGGUAUGACUUGAAAUUAAUAAUUAUUUAAAUAAUAUACAAUGUGUAGAAUGAAAACCACUACAGGGACAGAAAGUGUUUAUUUAAAAAAAAAAACAGACACUGAUAUUUCACCUUUAGGUGUAAGGUAAAAUUAAAGGUAAACUCAAACCCUUCAGUUUGCUUUGAUUCUGCACAUUUUAGAAAAAGGGAAGAAAUGAAAAUUGUUUCUACUCUGCAUUCUAACUUCGACAUUUAUUUAUAUUCUACACUUAAUUGUAAUGUUUACCUCCUUUUUGAUUGUUUUCCUAUUUAUUUUUUUUGUUUGCCUUAUUACAAUUGCCUGGUGUAAGUAAAAAUUAUUUCAAUUUGUAGUUUAACUAAGACAAAAGGCUAUUGUCAGGUAAACUCUUGGUGUAAGUUAUCCCUGUAGAUUGUGCCCAAUAUUAGCUGUUCAUAUAAAUUUUUUUUCCAGUAAACUGCAAAAUUUUCAAUUAAAAAAAAUAUCUUAUUUUAAUUCAGAAAAUAAAAGGGUUUACAGGUCUAGUGACUAAGUGAGGAAAAUUUGAUUUUAUGCAUAUGUUAAUAUUAGCUUAGCUUGGGGUAAAUUGGCCAUAACUGGCAGUAGUCUUUGACGUAAAUAAUUUUCUAAAUUAAUUUAGAAAAUGUUGCGGAAUCGCUAUUUACAAGAAUCAAUGAAAGACUUCUGUGAUAUGUUUGUAUUUUCGAUGUUAUUUGCUCUUAAUUCCAAUUGAACAGUCGAUUGUAAACAAAUUCUUUACUCGUUAACAAUUAACAACUAAUACAGUAAAUGGGAUUAUAUUUUCACGUUGUAAUCAUGUGUUAAUUUGAAAAUUGUAAAAAUUCUGUACAAAUGUACUUCACUGUAGCCUAAACAGUAAAUAAAUAGAAAUGACUUUA